AUGGCGUCCAGAUUGGAUUUUCCACUGCAAUUUCGGGACGAGAACGCUGACAAGCCAAAAAAGUCGGUCCUAAAGUCUAUCUUUCCGCCAAAAUCACGUCGAAAAUCGCAGCCUGCCUUCCUUUCACCUUCUUACUCCCUUCAAAACCAACCGCCCGUUCAAAACUGGAUCCUUCCAACAGAUCACUCUCACUUCCAGAUCAACCAUCCUCUUGGAGAGCUGUCAGAACGUACACUCAACCAAGGAAUGGCAAAUGGUUCACCCUCAAAGCAGAAUCACCCAGACGAAUCGAGCAAGAUAGGUCUUCAUAAAAAGACGAAGAGCUCGGUAUCUCUCAAAUCACUUUUAAAAGAUAAAGAUAAAAUGGAAUCUGAAGCAAAGGACCCCAGUGCUGAGAAUGGCUCAAAGCAGAAAAAGCCGAAAAAGACGAAGUCCACUACCAGUCUGUCGGGGAUUUUCAAGAGGUCACAACGAGGGAAAAAAGGCAAUUCAUGCGAGAAAGAAGACAAAGAAAACGUUACCAUGGCCAGAGGCUCUAACGAUAUGCCACCUCCACCAAUUCCUCGUUCACGAGCCCAGUCUAUCCAGAGUCAGAUAUCUAACCGCUAUGUUUCCUCCGGGAGGACUGUGGAGGAGGAAAUGUCGCUCUACACACCAAGAGGCUAUUCUCCUUCCAGUCAAAGAAACUUCUACGAUUUCCAACAACCAUCCCUUACAAAACGUCCUGAUUCAAAAUGGAGACCGAAAUCGGAGUAUGGUUCCUCGAGCACCUCGUCUGUGAAGGACAUUUUACAAUCAAUACACAGGCGAAGCCCGUCUGCGGGAAGCGUAAAGUCAAAUGCGUCUCGGACGCAUCCUUUAGCCGAACGCCCACCCUCUGAAAACCGAAAGUCAUCAAAUGGGAAUCGAGGCUCCCGGGUCAUGGCUGCAAUUGCAGCUUUUAGUGCUAAAGACAAGAAUUUUGACAAACCUAAACCAGUAGAUCCAAAAGAAAUUGACAGUGAAUUCGAACGCCUUUUGGACGCACGAAACAUACCUCAUAAUAUGCGCGACAGGAUGAGAUCCUUGAACACCAAUAUCAAGGCCGACUUUAUCAAUAAAAAUCAGAUUGAGGGCGAAUGCUCUUCUGCAUCUGCUUCCGCCCAAAGACAAUUUGUGACAACUUCGCACAAGCGAACCAAGAGCAAAGACAGCUCGUUUGGACGCUCAGAGAAUAGGGGAACUAAAGUACGACCCCUUAGUGGUAGUUUUGUGUCUGCGAAAGUCGAUUUGCCUUCUUUUAGAAGACAAAAACCUGACCAUUCGAGUUCCCAGAAGCGCCCAAAGUCUGCAGACCUGUCAAUACCUUCGCGCUUACCAUCUGGGGGUUUGAACCCCGCUCUUCCCUCUCCUGAUCUCAUCGCAGACCCGACCGAUUUCGUUCAUUAUCUGAAAGAGGUACAGAAACCGGAGAUUGUUGAAGUUAGUAAGCUUCACAAGCUCCGUAUACUUUUGCGAAAUGAAACCAUAUCUUGGGUGGAGUCAUUCAUUUCUCAUGGAGGAAUGGAGCAGCUGGUCGACCUUUUGUAUAGAAUACUGAAGGUUGAAUGGAGGGAGGAGCAUGAAGAUGUAUUACUGCACGAAGUCCUUCUUUGUAUCAAAGCGUUGUGCACGACCUCUCCAGCCCUUCAUCAACUUUGCAAGAUAGGAGAUGACCUAUUCCCCACAUUAUUGCGGAUGCUCUUUGGAGAGGAGAAAAAGGGUCCCAGUGAAUUUGCAACCCGGAACAUAAUAAUCAGCUUGUUAUUCUCCCACCUGUCAUCUGCAACAUUUGAAGAAGUGGCUACUCGUGCUAGAACUAUCCUGUCCUACAUGCACGACCCAAAGCCACCCAAGGAAUCAGCGCCAUUACCCUUCAUCGCCGAGAUGCACCAGGCGCGUCCGUACCAGCUGUGGUGCAAGGAAAUGAGUAACGUGACAAAAGAGGUGUUUUGGAUAUUCCUUCACCAUUUCAAUGUGGUACCUGUGGCAAAAGCAGAAGAUUCUUCGCUACCUUUUAUCCAACGAUAUUUUCCUCCCCCUCAUACGCCCGUUCCCGCAGCUCCCUAUAUUGGUGGGGUUGAAUGGGACGCUACAAACUAUCUUGCCACCCACCUGGAUCUUAUUAACGGUCUUUUAGCAUCGUUGCCAACAAUUGAGGAACGGAACGAGCUGCGAACUCAUCUUCGCGCGUCCGGCCUAGAGAAAGUUAUGGGCCGAAGCCUUCGUACUUGCAAGGAAAAGCUGUAUCCGGCCGUCCAUGAAGCACUUAAAGUCUGGGUAUCCGCCGCUGCCGACGAUGAGUGGGACUAUAAGUUUGUACGUGAGGGUCCUCCACGAGACGCACCGCCGUCCACUCCGCGAAGCCCUAUCAAAGGUUGCGGCAGUCCCAAGAAGCUGGGCAUUGUGGGUGACGCACCACCAAAGAUUGACUUCCAUGUUGGAAUCUCCGGGAAUAGCAAUGCUAGAAACGAGCAAAACCGUUCUCAGGGGCUUGGUAAUGAUGGAUGGAUUUGA